AGUUUACCAGUGUGGGUACAAUUACCAGACUUAGAGUUAAAAUAUUGGAGCUCUAAUCAACUGAGUAAAUUGUUACGUGUUAUAGGGAAGCCUAAGAAGAUGGAUGAUCUGACCUGCAACAGAAUGAGGGCUGGGUUUGCUAGGGUUUUGGUAGACAUGGAGAUCAAGGAGUCUUUGCCUAAAAUUGUGAAGUUUGUAGAUGAAACAGAUAGAUUGGAGGAGCAAAAACUUGUUUAUGAGUGGAAACCUGUAAUAUGUGGGCAAUGCAAAGGCUAUAGGCAUGUCCAAAAAGAGUGUAAGGUUCCAGUAAAGCCAGUGUGGAAGCAUAAAAAGGAUGUGGCCAAGGCGAAAGAAACAGUAAAUGAAGGAAUAGGGAUACAACAACAGGAAGAAGGGGGUUUGAUACAAGAAAACACGAAGCCAGUAGAUCAAGCUAUGAACAUAAGCACGAAGAUGCAUAAGGAAACAGUGACAUAUAUGAGGAAGGUAGUCCAAUUAGUACAAGGAGAGGAUAGGAAGGAAAUGAUUAGACCAAUUGAGAAGAAGAGAAGUAUAGUGCUAGGGGAAAGUAGUGGUAGUGAUAAGGGAACCAAAAGGACAGUAAUGAUUUUACUUUUACCGAAGAAUGCUACUACCAGGGAAAGAAUGGAUACAGGGAGUGAAGGGGGGAACCAUUAGAG